GUCUCUAUGGUCCUUAAGGCGUAGUGGAAUGCUGAGAGCCUCCGUGCGCACGCGCGACAUCAGCCCCUUUAGCCAUGAGAGUGUUAGUAGGCGGCGGGACUGGAUUUGUUGGCAGAGCUUUAACUCAAUUGCUGAGGAGCCGCGGACAUGAGGUCACCCCUAUUUCACGCCAUCCUGGAAAGAAUCGGAUUACGUGGGAUGAACUUUCCCGCUCGGGGCUCCCUCCCUGUGAAGGGGCGGUAAACCUAGCUGGAGAAAAUAUCCUCAACCCUUUUCGGAGGUGGGAUGAAUCCUUCCGCCAAGAAGUGGUUGCCAGCCGGGUGGAGACCACGACGAUUUUGGCAAAAGCCAUUGCGGAAGCUGAGCGCCCACCUCAUGCCUGGGUUCUCGUCACCGGCGUAGCGUAUUACCGGCCCAGCCAUUCCACCGAAUACACAGAGGAAAGUCCCGGUGGAGAUUUUGAUUUUCUCUCUCGCCUGGUGACUCAUUGGGAGGCAGCGGCUAAAAUUCCUGGUGAUGCCACACGACAGGUGAUAGUGAGGUCAGGUGUUGUGCUGGGCAGAGACGGUGGUGCGAUCGCCCAAAUGGUUUGGCCCUUCCGCUUCGGCGUGGGAGGCCCCAUCGCUUCCGGCCGCCAGCCCUUUCCCUGGAUCCACGUGGCGGAUUUGGCAGGCAUCGUGACCCACGCGCUGGAGCGGGAGGGCGUCAGUGGGGUCCUGAACGGCGUUGCGCCAUCUGCGGUGGUCACCACGAAUGGGGACUUUGCCCAGGCCAUGGGAUCUGCACUCCGGCGGCCUGCCCUCUUGCCCCUGCCAGGCUUUGCGGUAUCGGCUAUCUUUGGUGCUGAGCGGGGCGCCAUGUUGCUUGAAGGGCAGCGUGUGGUCCCCAAGCGGACUCUGGAGAGCAACUACUGUUUCGCAUUCCCUGAUCUUCCCUCUGCCCUCCAGGAUAUUUUAGCCUGACCCUAGAAAAUUGGCAUCUGUACGUUAUUAGCGGU